GCCCCUCUUUUAUCCAAGUGUUUGUGGUCCCCACAUUCCCACAGCGACUCUGAGCCGUGGAACGUCACAUGCCACCAUGAGUGUCCUGCCAUGCAGUUUCCUCCUCCUUCUCUUCCUCUGCCUCCCCAUCGUCGCUGAGGCCAAGCGGCAGACCGGUGAGGGGAAACCCGAAAAACCCCGGCAGCCUCCGCCGUCCCCCGAACCGGCCAAGAGAGCGAGAAAUCGCUCAGUGCCGGGCUCCGGAGAGCUGACCACCAAGGAGGGCCACAGCUGCAUCUGGCAGACGUCUGGCGAGGGCCUCGUCAGCCUGCUGGUGAACUGCAGCACGGAAACACUGGGAGUCCAGCAGAGGUACUGGUGUCGGUACGCUGGUAAGCCGGACCUCUGCCAGGCCUACGGAGUGAAGUCCAGCCAGUACUGGAAGCAGCUGGUGGGGAAGCUGAAGAAGAGGCAGAACGCCUGCGAAGGAGAGAAAGUCCUGAAGGCCAAAACCUGCAAGAAGGCUCCCGCCGAGGCCCACAUGAAGCUCGCCCAACGCAGCGGGGAGGAGGAGAGGAAGGGGGGGAAGAAGAGAGUGCCGCCGGCCAGCAAGAGCUCAGACGGAGGGAAGGCAGAGAGGAGGAAGAAGAAGGACGAGGAAGAGGAGAUCAAGACGGAGGAUUGGACUGGGUUCGACGAGGAGGGAGUGGUGAACGACAUGGAGCCGGUGCAGAGCUACUGCAGCGAGGGAUGGCACUCCGUCUGCUCCUUCUUUGUCAAGUUCUUUGAGGGUUGAUAGGAAAUUCUAAUGGUUUUUUAAAAAAUAUAUAUAUAUAUACAAAAUUCUACAGGAAACACCAGGCAGCUUAUUUGUAAAAAAAAUAUAUAUAUAUUUUGAUUUUGAGCGUAAAACAGAACAGUUUGUUAAUAUGAGCUUUUAAAAAAAAUUAAUUAUGGACGUUGAAGACCUGGCAAUCUGAAUCAUACAAAACCAUUAUAUUAAACCUUCAAUAUUAAUUAAAAGCGGGAACAGAUGAACGACAUUUGAAUGGAGGAAAAUUAACCAUUUUGAUUACAUUUGACUUCAGUUUUGAGUUAAUUAAUCACAUUUAGCUUUUGGAUGUGUUAUGUCGUAUACACUUUGUUGUAGUUGAGAACUGUGUCAUUUUGGAACUUUCUGACUAAAAAAUAAAAAUGAUUGUUGGAACAAUCAAGCAAUGGUCAUCACUGACGAUGAUGACAAUAAUAGUAAUGAUUACUAGUUUAUUUUUGUGAUGUGUUUCUAAUAUUUUCUAUAAACGUUGUGUAACUGUUCUGUACAAAAAAAUCUGGUUAAUAUUGAAUGUGAUUUGUGGUAGUUGAACCCCAGCAGCAUUGUUUAAAAACAUUUUUAACAUUGUUUCCGGAGUUCUUUUAAUAAAAACAAAAUUCUUUGAAUAAACAAAUGUUUUUUUCCACGCUCACAUUCACCUCAGAGAUGCACAUUAUUAUAAAAACAUAUAACGGGGUGACUUUUGGGGUUAAUACAGGAUAAUAUGUGGAAUUUACAGAGGUUGUAACCAUAUUGAGGGUUGGCUUAUUGGCUCAGUAACACUAUGGCAGUAAUAGCUAAUCUGAUUAUACUAAUGUGAUAUUCUUUUAAUAAAAAAGUGUUCAG